GGGUAUAUCAACUUUGGAGAAACACAAGGAGAGAGCCAACCUCUGAUCUCUGUUCAACAACCCCUGUUUUGGGUCACUGAGGAAGCAUUCCCCAAUUUAGAAGAAUUACAUGUGAUUCGGAACAGAAAUAUGAAGGAGAUAUGGCAUGGAGCACUUCCAAACCUAUAUUUUCCCCAACUCACAAGAAUGUGUGUUAUAUAUUGCCAAAUGUUAAAAGAAAUCAUAGCUUCAACAACUGAUGAACUCAUGAAUGGCAUCGUUUUCUCCCAACUCAAGUCUUUAGAACUUGAUCGCCUUCCAAUCCUAUCAAGGUUCUGCACAGGGAAUUAUACCUUAGUAUUUCCUUCCUUGGAAGAAGUAAUCAUGAGACAUUGUCCAAAGAUGGAACUUUUCACAAAGGGAAAGUUAAGCACACCAAAGCUUCAUGGACUACAAUCAACUAAAGGUGAAUAUGUAGGGCUCUGGGAAGGCGACCUUAAUGCUGUCAUUCAACAGUUGUUUGUAGAAAAGGUUUUCCCGGGCUUGGAGGAUUUGGAGCUAUCUUCAAUCAGCAUUCAGCGAGCAUGGAAACACAAGCUUCUGGCCACACAUUCUUAUGCCCAAAAUUUAACAUGCUUGACUAUUAGGGGCUGUCAUAAUUUGAACUGCCUAUUCUCAAGCUAA